GAAGGGGUGGAGGUGUGAGGCACCUGAUGACCACCGUCACCCAUGACACGGCUCCAAAAGGGGCGGGAGGAUGACUGCUCUUCUGGCUCCGGCCGGACUCCGAAUGGGAACGUCAGACAUCCACGUCCUCCCACCCGCGUUAGAGGCCCAUCUUUGGAACAAGAUCUGGGAAUUACAGUCCAGCCUCAGGCCUCAACUUAGUUGGAGCUUGAGAGACCGAGAGCCUCCUGGACAGCAGCCUCACAGAGAAAGUACUUUGACCUUGGCAUCUAGACUUCUCCCAUCUCCCCCAUGGCCCUGACAAUGCUGAAUGAGCUCCUGAUUGAGGACCCAAGCCCACCUAUGCUGCUGUACCAGGUUAGCAAGACUGCCCAGUUAGAUACCCUCAACUAUCAGAGCUGCUUUAUGCAGGGCAUCUUUGCCCAUUUCCCUGAGAUCCUAUUUAUCCACCGGACCUAUAACCCCAGGGACAAGGUGUUAUAUACCUUCCUGGUGGACGGACCUCAGGUGCAGCUGGAGAGUCAUCUCGCCCGGGCAGUCUACUUUGCCAUUCCUGCCAAGGAGGAUGCUGAAGGCCUGGCCCAGAUGUUCCAGGUGUUCAAGAAGUUUAACCCAGCAUGGGAGAGAGUGUGUACCAUCCUAGUGGAUCCCCAUUUCCUCCCCCUGCCCACCCUAGCCAUGGAGUUCCCCGCAGCCGAGGUCCUGCCCUCAGCCUUCCACAUCUGUAAAUUCCUCCAAGGUAAGUUCUAUCAGCUGUCCCUUGAACAGCCUGUGGAGAGGGCGCUCCUGACCUCACUGCAGAGCACAAUGUGCUCGGCCACAGCUGGCAACCUGAGGAAGUUGUAUACACUCCUGAGCAACUGCAUCCCCCCGGCCCAGCUGCCUGAGCUCCACUCACACUGGCUGCUCAAUGACCGCAUCUGGCUGGCCCACCGCUGGAGAAGCCGAUCCGAGAGCAGCCGCUACUUCCAGGACCUAGAGGUCACCACCCGUGUCCUCAGCCAGUUCUUUGGCACCACCUCGUCUGUGGAACAAGGCAUGACCUCUCUGCUCCGAUACAUGCAGCAGAACUCCAGAGACAAGGCAAGCUUCAGCCUGGGCCUGAGUCCCCAGAACAAUUAUGUCCCCUCAUAUGUCACCCCUGAAAGCCCCAAAGUGGAGCAGUUGGUAGAAGCCCGCAUCCAGCACUCCCUUAAUGCCAUCUGCACGGGCCCAGCGGCCCAGCUCUGCCUGGGUGAGCUUGCUGUGGUCCAGAAAUCUGUGCACCUCAUCGGCUCUGGCUCCGAAAAGGUGAACAUACAGAUCCUGGAGGACACCCAUAGGGUGCAGCCCCAGCCCCCUGCCAGCUGCAGCUGCUACUUUAACCAGGCCUUCCACCUGCCCUGCCGCCACAUCCUGGCCAUGCUCAGCACCCGCUGCCAGGUGCUCCAGCCCGACAUGCUGCCAGCUCAGUGGACAGCAGGCUGUGCUGCCAGUCUAGACAACAUCCUGAGCAGCAAGUGGAGUGAGACCCUGGAUAAGCACUUGGCAGUGGCUCUCCUCACUCAGGAGGUGGGUCAGCUCUUACAGCACUGCAACCAGGAGGAGUUUGAGCGGCGGUACAGCACGCUGCGCGAAUUGGCUGAUGGCUGGAUCGGCCCUUAUGAGCAGGUCCAACUCUGAUUUCCGUCACUGCCCAGGGAUGCUCAUCCACACUGUGCACACUCACAUCCACCCCCACAUGCACACCCCCACACACUCACACUGUUGUACUGCCAUGGGCCCUCCUUCCAAGAAAAGAUAAGAGUCCUAUUUUACUGCAGCCUGCUACGUAAAAUGUUUCUAGUUCCCCAAGAUAAGAGUCAGCAAAUCUUUGCUGUAAAGGGCCCAAUAGUAAAUAUCUUAGACUUCAGUGGCCACAUGUAGUAGUCUCUGUUGUAUAUUCUUGUUUUCAUUGUGGUUUUUUUACAACCUUUUCAAAAGGUAAAAACCAUUCUUAGCUCAAGGGCCUUACAAAAAUUGCUAACCCCUGCUCUAAGAUAAGAGAUAAGACACUGAGUGAAGAUAGAGGGCUGGGCCUUGGUUUCAGACACUCACCUGACCCACAGAGGAAAAGGCCCCUCAGGGGAGGUGGCUCACUAGGCGCCCAGGCUCCUUCCUGCAACCCCCUCACCCAUGCUGAGUUCAUUAAAGUUGAAUGUUGCCUAUUCCA